GGUGAACAGCGGUGAACUCCUUUCAAGUGUCCUCCUCGCUGUCGCGUGCGUCCUCGAUGAACAACUCCGUGCCAAAUGGUAUGACUGCUCCUCACGUAGGUCGACCUCAAGACCAGUUCCAUCACCAGAGCAUGACAACCCUCCUCAACCAUCCAAACUGGCCCCAAAUCAACCAGUAUCCUCAUCAACCCCAGAACCAUCACUGGCAACAACCCCAGCAGAACAUGCAGAACGGUCAACACAUGACACAGCAGCACCCGCAAAGUAUUAAUGUGCCAACCCCCGCGACCGCGAAUUCAAUUCAGCACGCGUUGCCCAAUCCCGCUCUCGACCAUCUCGUGUCUGUCUUUCCCCAGCAGGUCAUGCAGGACUUUUAUCGCCUCUCAGCGCCAGUCGGUCAGUCACCUAAUGACGACUCCAUCCUUACCCAGGCUCUUUUUCAGUCCAAGCAGUCCGGGAAAACGUACAGACAGGCUCUCGAGGGCUUACAUGGUGUCAAUAACCAUGCUGCCAACCUUUGGAAAGAUUAUUAUCUUGACCACCACGACCGCUUCGAUGUCCUCGUCGCUCGUCUAGCAGAAAAAAACCAACAACCAUCAAAAGCAGUCAAGAAACCUUUUACUUCCAUCCCCGCCGCAACCCAGUCUACUUCCCCUCAGCGCGAUCGCGAGCGUGACUCGCGAAAACGCCAGCCUUCCCCUUCCCCACCACUCCGACAAAGCCGACCACCAAAACGCUCUACACCUACCGCCAUCAGCACAACUCCAUCCCUCGGCUACCGUCCUCCAAAACGCCCCCGAGCAACCCUUAACUCCCUCUCUGCGCCCCUCCUCCCGGCAAACUUGCCACCCAAACUAAUGUCGCUUCAAGCAGACAUUAUUUUACCUCCUCCACCAUCACGAAGCCCUACACCCCCAACGAGAAUCGAAGCUGGAACAAAUGGGAACAAGUAUACAGAAGAGGAUCGCGCGUAUUUCUUAAAGUUUAUUAGUUGGAGACUGAGUCAAGACGCGAGCCUGACGAAGAAAGAGUUGUGUGCGAUGUUGCAUGAAAAGGCCCCGCAUCACAGCGCGCCCUCCUGGACAUCUCACUGGCACAAUAGACACGACAUUGCAGACAAAAUCCUUCACUCCUUUCAAGGCGAAGAAGACGAGGAUGGGGACGAGGACGAGGAUGAAGACGAGGAAAAUUCAGACUCCCCAAACACGCCCUCUGAAGUAGAUGAAGACUCAGAAAGUGAAGUUAUCCGGCAGACAACAUCCUCACGUCGUCACACGAGACCGACUGCUCGUGUCCCCAAUACUAAGACGGUUGCGUCCAGACGUGUGACCUCUUUCGCGCGUCGCUCGCCUUCUCGUUCGUCUGACAUUCACGAUCCCUCCGCCACGACGGAUACUGACGAAGCAGACAUGGGAGCAAUGGGUGGUUUGUUUACGCCUGCAGAUUGGAGGAUCAUAGCUAAGUAUGUUGCGCGCACGCCGGGAUGGAAUGACAUGGUGAGUCGGGAACGGUGGGAGGGCUUCCUUGAAAGGUUCCCGAAUAGCGAAAGAUCAGACAAGUCGUGGGCUGAGUUUUACAGACGAAACGAAGACGCUAUCCUUUCACUUGCGGCCCACUACAAAGGCACAAAGUGGUUGAGCAAUAGUAGCAUUAAAAUGCAACAAGGGCGGCCAAGUUGGGCGCGCAAUCGGGGACGGCGAGGUACAGAAGGAACAGAUGAGAAGGGAUCGGACGAAGAUGGUGAUUAUGAAAUAGAUGAUGGUGAACGGUAGGCGAUAUGCGGCCGGGAUAGAAGCUCUACCUGUCCUAUAUAAGAUGAUUUGCUGGAAGUAGUACAUUGGCCCU